GGCAACGAGGAAGCCGCAGGCGCUCGCCUUCCCAUGACCUCCCACGCACCCAGCUUGGCGUGAUUCCGCCGGGAACCAGGCCAAUGGCGCGACCUUUCCACUCCCCUCACACUUUGGCCCCGAGUUCGUGCUCCGAUGUUGCGGUCUGCCCAAGGGCCCGGCCCCCUCUUCUCGGCAGCAACUGCUGGGCUCGACGGAACAAAUGGCCGUCGUGCCCGUCGACUCGGACCCCCCUCCCACGCGCCCUUUGCCGCUCGCGUUCCCUACCGCUGGCGCUCCUCCACUAGGCGCUGGCGCAAGCCGCGCUCCCCCGCGCAGAGGUGCGCGCGCUCCGGAGGCAUCGAGCGCACUCUUGUUGUUCCGCUACAAGGCGCAGUUGUGGGUGAGAUUGGUGCUAGUGGAGUUCCCCUCCGUGGCAGAGAAGAGUCAACUAUGUGACACAGCGGGCAUUGCAGUUUUAGAGGAAAUAAUAGGAUUUUUGGAGCCAUCUUCAGCAAUGUGCACCUUGAGCUGGAGUUUCAAAGCCUUCUUUGUAGUGAUAUUGUACAGAUUAAUGAAAGUUCCCCCAGCUGAAGGAAAAGGUGAAAUUCUUCCUCCUACCAUACAGAAAAUAAUGAAAGGAUAUAACAAGUAUCUGCGCCCAUUUUUUGACAACGGCCCUGUCUCGGUAGGAAUGAGUAUGGAUAUAGCAAGCAUCGAUACAAUAUCAGAAAUAAACAUGGAUUACACAGCUACGAUAUUCCUAAGACAGCGGUGGACUGAUGAACGCCUUUGUUUUGAGGGUAACAAAAGUUUAAGCUUAGACGGCCGCCUUGUAGAAAUGCUUUGGGUACCAGACACCUUUAUAGUGGAUUCAAAGAAGUCUUUCCUUCAUGAUAUUACUGUUGAAAACCGUCUAAUAAGAAUAUAUCCCAAUGGAACAGUCCUUUAUGCCAUACGGAUAACCACAACAGUUGCGUGUAAUAUGGAUUUGACUAAAUACCCUAUGGACAAACAGACAUGCACCUUGCAACUGGAAAGCUGGGGUUAUAACACUAACGAUGUCAUGUUUUACUGGACAAGAGGAAAUGAUUCUGUUAAAGGUUUGGAUACGAUUCGAUUGGCACAGUAUACAGUAGAAGAUCACUAUACCUCUGUAUCUGAAGCUGUCUAUGAAACAGGGCACUAUCCAAAAUUAGUCUUCCAUUUUGAACUCAAGAGGAACAUUCUGUAUUUCAUUCUUGAGACUUACGUACCAUCCAGCCUACUGGUUGUCCUCUCCUGGGUGUCUUUCUGGAUAAGCCAGUCAUCGGUUCCAGCCAGAAUCUGCAUAGGUGUUACAACGGUACUCACCAUGACAACCCUUAUGAUGGGAGCUCGGACAUCCCUUCCAAAUGCUAAUUGCUUCAUCAAGGCCAUUGAUGUCUAUUUGGGCAUUUGUUUUACCUUCAUCUUUGGGGCAUUACUGGAGUAUGCCGUGGCUCACUUCUGCACCUUUAAUCGAACUGGUGUGAAGAAACUCACCAAGGAAGAAGAUGAAGAAGCUGAGGAGGAGAUCAAUGGAGUCCUGUCAGCAAUAGCCAACAGUUGCAAGGCUGAUAAGAUUAGCAAGGUUGAUCCAGACAAGCUGGCCCAAAAGCCCCUUGGCAGAAAAGAAGAGAAAACACAACCCAGAAGGUGUCGUUCCCCAACAACAAUGAUGAAAGGGCUUUCCUGUAUAUUUAACUGCUUCCAUGUUAAAAACCCCUAUCACAUAGACAAUUAUGCCCGGAUUUCUUUUCCGUUAUUGUUUAUCAUCAUAAAUGUUUUUUACUGGGUAUAUUAUUUGUGUUUCUAAUCUUUUAAAAUCUCUUCUGAAAAGGUAUGCUGACUAUGAGGGGGAAAGUACAUUAGGAUCAUCUUGUUUUGUCAUCUAAUUGAUUGAAUUGCUGGUCAAAUUACCAUCCAUCUGUUAAAAUGACUGUAGUAUAAAAUCUGUUGCUGGUCAGCUGUUCGAUGCGCGUGUAUUUUGACACUGACCUUGGUUUUAGCAUGCCGCUUGCUCUGCUUUACCGAACGGCAGAAAACACUUCUUUUUAAAGCAGACUUGUUAAACUUUGUAUAAUGAGGCUUAAUGCUAGUUUUGGGAUGUGUUUGGAUAUGUUAAAAAAAAAAUAAAAGCAGAAAAUAUUA